AAUUACAAGAAACGUUUCUUUGACGAUUUUGUACACAAUUAUCUUGACCGACCCAAAGCUGCCCAGCUUAAAAUAGCUUGCUCCACUUACGGAGUAGACAAGCCGCCUCAAGAGACAAAGGUAGUUAGCUUCCCAUCAACCGUUCAUCGAGAAGGUAAAAUGUGGGCGAAUGACAGGAAGACCAUUGACUACAUGGCUUUCAGAAUAGAUCCAGUCUGUUUCUGGGGACUUUACCCGUCGCCCAUCAAGUUCCAUUCUCAGCCAGACCAUUAGCGAGAUCUCCUUUUGUGCUGUGAAUAGUUCCUAUGGACCACUGCAUUCAAUCGACUUCCCAGAAUUCUCACAUGUCAGUCCUAUCUAUGGUCACCUUACAUGUACCCUGUAAUAUAGAACAAUUAUGAAUGGGUUGAAGCUAGAAACGACUAUCAAACUGACAUCUGAGACAUCAAACAUGUUUGUCUGCCCUCGAACAUGGGAACCAACUAGAUUCUUGCUUCUCCCGGACCAUGGUGUUGUGACAUAGAGACACUCUGCAAUUACUUCCCAUAAGUUUGCACCAAGUGCAGCUCAGUCUAUCUCUUGGUUGAAAUGAAGCUCGGAGUCCCUACAUUUCUGAAUUUCAUCAGCCAAAUACAUGCCAUCACAUAGACGCAGUUCGGAACGGGCGGAGUAGUUGCUUUCACCUUUGUGCUAAGCUGCAUAUCAAUCCGGUCCCAUACAUACUCUUGAUUUAGUUGGUUUGCGCGUACCGCCCACUUGGACUGAACCUUACCUUAGUAGAAUGUAACGUCAUUCGGAAUUUUCGCUGUGCCAGGUUGAUCCACAUGAAUUCCCGAUCCGACUGUGGCGCCAUAUCUCAGUGUUUCCAUGCUGACAAUGGUAUCUGCUCCAAACCUGAACAUCUGAUCUUGUUCUGAUAGUCACAUCCGACACUCCAUUAUGCGGUUCGAUUAAUAUGCCUCCCGCAGUAGGAUGGAAAGAAGUAUCUGACCAACGAUACGUUCCAUUAGGUUGGAGGAUAUGAUGAGGGGUGUGUCUUAUCAUAUUCAGAGAGUGGCUUUAUCCCGGUCUGUCAAAGCUCCAGUGAGACAAGACAUCUUGGCUUUGGUCGCGCUUCGGCGUCUGUUUGUUGUCUUCCUUCGCAUCGAGACAACUGUGAACUCCAGAUACAAAUCGGCGUUCUGUCAAGAACAGAGUCCUGCAGCUCCGCAGGUUCAAUCGGAUCAUGAACUGGUAGCUAGCUACAACCAUGUGAGUCCAGAUCCUGAAAUACGCCAGUUCGGCGCGUAGCCGGAACGGUGGCGUGUUUUUUGGUCUGUAAGGUAUCUGCAUCGUCAUAGUUAGCUUCUUUACCCACAAUUACCUCACAUUCAUACAAUUAAUCACGCAGUCUUCGAUUCUGUCCCAGUCACUAUGACGACAACUCCCCCAGAUAUCAGAACCCUGGCUCUCGAGCGUCCGGUCGAUGUUGCAGAGUAUCUCUUCACAAGGCUUCACCAGAUAGGGGUUCGCUCUGUUCAUGGCCUUCCUGGUGAUUACAAUUUGGUAGCUUUGGAUUAUAUGCCGAAGCUUGGGUUGAAGUGGGUUGGAAAUGUGAACGAACUCAAUGCUGGCUAUGCCGCGGAUGGCUAUGCCAGAAUCAAGGGCAUUUCAGCCAUUGUCACAACGUUUGGUGUUGGGGAACUCUCAGCAAUCAAUGCCAUCGCAGGCGCCUACUCAGAACAUGUUCCUAUUGUUCAUAUUGUUGGAGUUCCAAGUACGAUAUCACAACGAGAUGGCAUGCUUCUACAUCAUACACUGGGCAACGGGAAUUUCAACGUCUUUGCGGACAUGAAUAAGGAAAUCUCAUGUGCAAUGGCGAAGCUCAACGAUCCAAUCGACGCGGCAACACUCAUCGACCACACUCUGCAACAAUGCUGGCUUCAGAGUCGACCGGUUUAUAUCACCCUCCCAACAGAUAUGGUGCAGAAAAAAGUGGAGGGAAAGCGACUUGACACCCCCAUUGACCUCCACUAUCCUACAAACAAUCCAGAUAAGGAGGACUAUGUUGUGGAAGUUGUUUUGAAAUACCUCUCAUCUGCGAAAAAUCCGAUUAUCCUUGUGGAUUCUUGUGCAGUUCGACACAGGGUUCUAGAGGAAGUCCAUGAUUUGAUUGAAAAGACUGGUUUGCCCGUUUUUGUCACCCCAAUGGGCAAGGGAGCAGUGAAUGAGGAACACCCAAACUUUGGCGGGGUAUAUGCUGGUGACGGUAGUCAACCUGACGUGCAAGAGCGUGUUGAAGCGUCUGAUCUCAUUUUGACGAUCGGCGCCAUCAAGAGCGAUUUCAAUACUGCCGGUUUCACAUACAAAACUUCUCAACUAAACACCAUCGACUUCCACAGCACUCACGUCACCGUCAGAUACUCAGAAUACCCGGGUGUACACAUGCGCGGCGUUCUGCGGAAACUGAUCAACCAAGUCGACCUGAGCAAGCUCUCAGCUGUUGCUGGUCCUAAAAUGGCGAACAAGGUCACCGAAAACAAAGACAGCUCAGACGUAAUCACACAAGCAUGGAUCUGGCCAAGAGUCGGUCAAUUUCUGAAGGAAAAUGACAUCGUCAUCACGGAGACUGGGACAGCAAAUUUUGGUAUCUGGGAGACCAAGUUCCCCCAAGGAGUCAGUGCCAUCAGUCAGGUGCUCUGGGGGUCUAUCGGCUACUCUGUUGGCGCCUGUCAAGGUGCGGCUUUAGCAGCACGCGAUGCUGGAGAAGACCGGAGAACUAUUCUCUUUGUUGGUGAUGGUUCGUUCCAAUUGACUGCCCAGGAAGUCAGCACAAUGAUCCGGCUAGGACUGAAGCCUAUCAUUUUCGUGAUCUGUAACGACGGGUACACGAUCGAGCGUUUCAUUCACGGAUGGGAUUCGGAUUACAAUGACAUCCAGCCUUGGGCAUUCAAAGAUCUGGUGAAAGUAUUCGGAUCACCAGAGGGGAAGGCCAGGACAUACCAGAUCAAGACCAAGGAUGAGGUCGAGAAGCUUUUCCAUGAUGAGCAGUUCAACUCGGCCGAUGUCUUGCAGUUUGUUGAGAUUUACAUUCCCAAGGAAGACGCACCACGGGGGCUUAAAUUAACGGCAGAGGCUGCGGCAAAGAAUAAUGCUAGACAGUAGAGUCUACCAGCUUAUAGUUUGAGAUGGGCUGGGAGGGAAGGUUCAAUUAAGGGGCUAGGCGCAUGGAGAAUGGGAUAAAUGAGAUAGCCAUGAUAAUGAAAUCAUAUAAUCGCGU